UUAGCGUAAUGGUAAUGUUAUUUGACUUUGAAUCGUAAUCAUAAUAUUUUCAUAACGAGAAUAAUGCAUAAAACCCGUAAGAAAAAUCUUGCUUUCAUUUCCUUGAACUCGCAUGUAAACACUCGUAUUGUUACUAUAAAAUGCAAUCCUGCGCAGGCUGGUGUACCAGUUGCCUUGUGUUAGUAAACGUUAACGGGCGUGUUUACCGUCGUUUCUUUUAAACAAGUGUUGUUCAAUAAAUUUUGUUUGCCGAUAUGACUGCAAUACCGUAUGAAAAUGUCUACCCUAAAUCGGACCUAGGAUGCUCCUUGUUAACGAAAUGCUGUUUCUGCAUCCCGCUGAAGACUUGCUGCUUCGUUCUAGGAUAUAUUAGUUUGGUUCUGAAUUUCGCAAUCUCCAUGUUUUUUGUUGGAACCUUAGUUUUUUUGGGAAUAUAUACACAUGGCUUCCGUUACAUUCGCUAUAAGCUGGAUGAGGAUGGUGACCAAAUACCUGAUGAGGACUCCUUGGAUAGAUCGAAGUUUAACCUGACCAUCGUUGUGAUUGUACUAGUGGCUUGUCUGAAUGUAGCCUGGCUGGUCAUGAAUAUUGUCCUGCUUAUUGGAUUGCAUAGGAAAAAACCUGGCCACAUUAAGACUCAUGUGACUGUUGCUUCCAUGCGACUUAUACUCUCAAUGGUGGGCGUGCUUAUGUAUGGAGCCCAUACAUUUAACUCUAUGGUGUUUUGUUACACUGAAAUUGGUUUGUCAGCAUACUUCAUUCUUCUGUACUACCGGUACGCCUUGCAGCUGGAGCAAGAGCUUAAGUUGGCAGAAAACAACCAGACUUCUGACGUUGUCUGUAACGCUAUGUUCUCUUACCCUAAGACCAUCGACAAAAUUAACUUAACGGAAAAAGAUGAUAAAAUUGCUUACGCGUAAUGUUUUGUUAAAAACACUUAAUUUAAGAUUGGGUUACACCGAGAUUUUAUGAUGCAUUUCCUAAAGCAUUUAUGCACUUUAGAAGAAAUUGGAGUAGUACGGGGUUUUAAUUCACAAAAAGCAUAUUCUGUGAACUAAAUUAUUAAAGAUAUAUGUUAUUUUAUUUCUAGUGUGCCUUCAAGUAUUUGAGUGCUAAUAAAU